GUGACAAUUUGCCAGAGGUAUCGAAUAACAACAACACAUUAAUAGCUCGCCACUCGUAGAUAUCAAGGAAAAACUCUAGCUAAAGUUGGACCAAAAUACGAUGCUAAAUUGCAUCUCGCCUGCGUACGUUGUCGAAUGAUGCGCUAUUCUGAAAUACCGCGUGAUCUCGCCGACAGACACACGUGCAAAAGUAAGGUAGGUCGAGAUACGAAAACUAGUCGGAGCUUAUCGUCAACAGGCGGUCACAACGAAUCGUACGAUGGCGAUGGUGAUGAUGGAUAUGAGCAACUCUCCUCCUCCGAUGGAAACGUUUCGCAACCGAACCAGCAUGAGGAGAAAGCACUAGACGGAAGCAUCGAUACGCCAUUGAUCGAAGACGGUAAGCGAAAACCGGAGCGCCAUCGCGACCGCCAACCCGAUGAUAAACACUUGUGCCAUAAAGCGACCGCAGGCUCGAUCGAAAGUCUCAACGAUGGAUGUUCAGCAACGUCGUCAUUUAGGCCUUGGCAUAGCUAUUCCAAAAAAUCAUACAGUCUACCGCCGAAUACAACGAUUAGUGACGUCGGCUCAAUCGUAUUCAGCUGCCAGCAAGUGUCGCCGGCUGAGCUGGCCGCUCAGAUAACACUUUUGGAUUUUCCCAUUUUUAAUGCAAUACAACCAGAGGAGCUGACCAGCUGCGGCUGGACGAAGAAAAACAAACAUACUCUAGCGCCCAAUGUGGUAGCAUUCACGAAACGAUUCAAUCAUACGACAUUUUGGACUGUACAGGAAAUACUCAACGGCGUUAGCCCGAAAGAUCGGGCUGAGAUCAUCAGUCAUUUUAUAAAGGUGGCGAAGAAAUUACAUGACAUCAACAAUCUUCACUCACUGUUUGCCGUUAUAUCUGCACUGAAAAGUGCCAGCGUUCAUCGGUUAAAAGAAAGUUGGUUGUUAGUGUCCCGAAAAGAUCAGCAACAGCUGGAUAGGUUGAGCCACCUGUUUGAUGAAAGCGAUAAUUGGUCCUCAUUGCGGAAAUGUUUAAAUCAAUUCAAACUUCCGGGUAUACCAUACCUAGGUAUAUUUCUUACGGACAUUAUCUACAUCGAUUUGAUGCAUCCCAACAAAUCGGGAGAGGAAAGUUAUGCACGCGAAACCAAAAUGAACAACGUGUUGCGAGUGUUGUCUAGCUACCAAAGUUCGAACUAUACGUUCAUCAGUCCGGUACCUCCGACGCUACGUUACCUACAGUCUCGGCGGUAUAUAGACGAGCUACAGAAUAUAUUUGAGGAGGAUCAAUAUAAAAAAUCUCUCAACUUGGAACCUACCGCCGGUGCAUCAACCAUGUCGUCUGCCGGUACUGUGCGAUUACUGAAACCAAAAACAGAGCAGAGUGAUAACAUUGGCCGCAACGUGAAACCUACUAUCGCUUUGGCGGAAUGUAAAGAUUCUCCAGACUCGACGACAUGCGCACCAAACACUAGCCAGACUAUCGUUUCGAGCGCACGACAAUUCAUACCUGGCCAUAGGAAAUGCUAUAGUUUAGGAACAAACAUUUUUUACCCUAGAUCUUCCGAACAGUCAAGCAGCUCCUCAUCGGCAUCGAGCAGUCGUCAUGCAAAGGUGGCAGAUGGAUUGAAUAAGAUGCGACACCUGCUCGAUGAUUCCUAUGUCGAAUCGAAACGCGCAAACAGUAUCGCUGCAACAGGAAGCGGGGGUAGUCACAGUAGCGACCAGGAAUCUGAACAUCCGACGGCCCUACAGUUGGUCGAGCUGGAGCCAAUAACGAGUGGAAACUUGGUGGAAGGAUACUUAAAACGUAAAACCGUUCUCAAGUAUGGUCGCAAACCUACCGUAGCAUCCUGGCAGCGGUAUUGGGUGUUGAUAUGGUCCAACACGAUGAUAUACUUUCCACCAAAAACAUUCAAGGGCAACGAACGAAGCAACUUCAAAAAGGAACCAUCCAAAAUAUUUCCCCUCGAAGGAUGGACGGCCGAAGAAUCGGAUCUUCCGCUUCAGGACGAGUUCUUCCAGCUGGUAAACUACAACCAUGGACAUGCGUAUCGUUUCAAAUCCGGUUCGAAUGCUUCCGCUAAUCGAUGGCUUGCGGCCCUGAAACAAGUCACAACACCUAAACCGGCGGAACCAUUAUCCAUCUCACUGAAUCUUAUAUCCUUUGAAUAGUGCGCGCUUAUUUCCAUAACUUGCAUCGACGUUUGCUUUCAAAAGGCUACUCCUGAUAUUGCACGUGUACUCAACAAAAUGUUCACAGUACAGAUACAUUUAGCAAGACUGGUUGACAUUAUGCAUUAUGAUUUCUUCAAAAUGAACAAAAUGCACUUGUUUAGUUUUCUUUUGCAUUGUGAUCCUUACGAUUUGUUUUACCCACAUAGUUUCCACGGCGAGUUCGGACAUGAAUUGCUUUGUACCUAGUAUUGAUAUCGAUGGUGUUAAUUAAAUAUCCAUAGUUGUUAUUACAGGCCUCUCUUUAUGUUGUGGUAUUUUGAAAAGGCUUAACCUCGUUUAUAGCGUAGAUGAACGGUGAAAAGCAAGAAAUAACUCACAGCAGGAACAACAAUGUAUGCUGUCUGCAUGAUCGUGUAACAAAUUAUCAAGCUUACAAGUACCAAUAAAGGUGUUUCAAAAAUGUUUAAAAAAGGACUC